UAAACUGCAACAGGAGAUUGUGGAGUAUCUCAAGGAGAAAUGUGAAGUCUGAUUUUUCAUCUUUGACUCUGAGACACCAGCAGAAAGGAAUCAGGUGUUGAACUCUCAUAUGAUGUCACCCGAAAACUGCAAUACCGUAAUGAGCUGGAAAGAGGCGGAUAUUGUCCAAAAUAACAUGGACUCAGAGGAGACCAGAGUGGACCUGGAAGAAGCAACUAAAACAAAACAUCAAACACGAAAGCACUGCAUUUGGAUUCAGUGUGAAUUGUGCCAGACGUGCUUUCAUGUCAAGUGCCUCAACAUGCUCCUAUCAAAAGACCAACCACGGAGGAUUAUUCUGAAUAAUCCCAAGAAGAGGAACGCUUUGUCUCUGCCCAUGCUGGAAUCACUGAGAGAAAACAUUCUAAUAGAUUUAGACACUGAAGACCUGCGAGUGAUCAUCAUAUCAGGGCAGGGUCCAGUGUUUUCAUCAGGUCAUGACCUUAAGGAGCUGACCUCCACACAGGGUCCAGACUACCACAGCAAGGUGUUCCAGACGUGUUCAGAGGUCAUGACCCUGAUUCAGGACAUUCCCGUGCCGGUCAUUGCUAUGGUGAACGGUGUCGCCACUGCAGCGGGUUGCCAGUUAGUCGCCAGCUGCGAUAUUGCAAUAGCAACAGAUAAAUCCACCUUUGCCACUCCAGGAGUCAAUGUGGGUCUGUUCUGCUCCACCCCGGGCGUGGCAUUAGGGCGAGCCGUACCCAGAAAGGUUGCCAUGGAGAUGUUGUUCACGGGCCGACCCAUCUCGGCUCAGGAUGCUCUGCUGCACGGGCUGGUCAGUAAGGUGGUGAGAGAGGAGCAGUUGGAGGAGGAGACGCUGGCCGUGGCCAGACGGGUGUGUGAGUCCAGUCGGCCUGUGGUCGCUCUGGGGAAAGCCAUGUUUCACAGACAGAUGUCUCAGAGUCGAGACGCAGCGUACGCGUCCGCCUGCGGUGCCAUGCUGGAGAACCUGGAGCUUCGGGAUGGGCAGGAGGGCAUCAGGGCGUUCCUGGAGAAAAGACGUCCGGUCUGGAGCAACAGUCCAGAGAAAAUCCACACGUGAUUCAGCACUGACACACAUUCUGUUUAAACUUACAGCAAUCGAACAUAAGAUCUGCCAGAAAUAUCCUGUUCAAAUAUAACAUUUGUAAUAUAAUGUUUAAUAAAAAAAAUAUGUAA